UGCUUCGUAGCGAGCGAGACGCCGGUUCAAAAUAACAGUGAACCGUCCGGUCUUAUCGAACUAAAAUAAUAACUCAAAGUAAACGGACGUUGCAGUGAUACGAACUGAUUUCACGUGUGAUAUUGUGUUUUGGACGCUGUUAGUGCUUGAACUGUUGUAAUCAACGCCUGUUCAUUUUUGUUUUUUUUGGUGAAAGCGAUGCACAACUGAGCGAUGGGCCAGUCGGAGCAGGCUCGGAACACGCGAGCGAGCCCGCGCGCGCGCCGCUCGCCCGACCUGCCGCCGCUGCCGCCGCAGAUACAGCCCUGCAGCGGCUUCCUCGGCAACGGCAAGUCAGUGAUCCGUCCGAUAGCGUUCAAGCCGCUGGGGGGGCGGCUGUCGGCGGGAGGUGAGAGGUAUGGCUCUACUCCAGUGCUGGCCAGCAGACCACCUUCUCAUCUGACGCUGUAUGGCAGCUCAUCAGACGUUCGGGAAGGGCGAUGGUGCGGGUCUCCUCAGCCCGCGUCAUUAUCCGCUCUGCCGCCCGCCACGCCAUCCGCUCCGCUCCAUCAGAGGCAUCACUCCGCUAUUGUCACAAAGUCGAGUUCUGUCCUGAGUGGUGCGGACAAGGAGCCCGUGCCUGCACCCUCGCCCGCUGACUCCGGAGUAGCAGAACUGGAGAGAGAUCAGCAUGACUAUGGAACAACAGAACGCGUUCGAAGUCACGAGGUUCGGGUCCGAGCAGCUCGAGGCCUCAUGAUGCAGAGUUUCGGUCGCUCCCGGGACGAACGUGAUGCGGAACUAGCGAGAGUCAGGAGAGACCGAGCUCUGCUGCGGCAGAGGCUUGAGGAUACGGAGUGGAGUCUGUGCCAGAGAGCUGGAGAGAUCGCCUUGUUGAAGACGCAGCUUAAAGAUGCUCAGAAUGAACAAACAGCGAAGGGACACGAGUACCUCACCCUGAAGGCCGACUGCCGCCAACUGAGAGAAGUUCUCGACAAGAAAGAAAAGGAAAUCAUGAGGCUCCGAGCAGAAACGGAAGAAAAGGAGAAGUCUAUCAACCGACUUCAAUCCGAAGUCGACCGACUUACCAACGACCUCAUGGAAAGCGUUUCAGACCUGACUAAGACUAAGGAGACUAGCAAAAAUGAAAUUGAAAGACUAAAAACGGAACUCAAAGAGUUACGACAGGAACUUUCAGAUAUAUCCCUUAGUGGGUACGAAGGUAUUGAAUGUGGGAGAACAAUGAGAGGGAUUUAUGAUGUAUGCAAGACUAAUGAAUAUCACUGGAAUUCCAACGACAGUGCUCUCGAAGAUGCCGAAGUUCAAAGACUGAAUGGAGAAUUGCCAGAUUCUUGUUCCGAACCCUGUGCAGCCACCGCCAUUGUCGACAGACUCAAAUGCGAGCUCGAAGCUAAAGAAACGCAAUUCAACAGCGAAAGGAGAAAAUGGUCCGAAGAGAAAGACAAAGUACUAAGAUACCAGAAACAGUUACAACUGAACUAUGUCCAAAUGUUUAAGAGAUCUCGCACUUUAGAAGCCGAAGUGGACGGCCUCAGGCUAGAACUAGAAUUAUGCAACAAGAAUAUGAAAAACUUGAACAAACAUGGCAAGACUAUCGAGCUAUAAACUUACCAAAUUAAAUAAUUUAAUAUUUAUAUUUAAAUGGCUAUUUUUCUAAUGUAAAUAUAAAUUAAGACAGGCGAGAUGGCUUGUUAGAUACUAAUAUUAAUAAACACGUGAUUGAAGAUGAUGUAGUUAAUCAAAGUAUGGCAGAUCAUGGUUUUAGGUAAUUAAACUGCGAUGGAUUCUUGCCUUGUAAUGACAAUAUGAAUACUGUAGUUGAGUUUAUCAAAGUUAUGUUAGAUUAUUGCCGUCAUAAUACUCAACUAGCAGAUUAGGAAGGGGACGAAUAGGAUGUGAACCAAGUGUAGAUUGAAGAAGAGAUAAUGUUAGUUGAACAAAAUUAACUAGCAAAUAAUAUUCACAAUGAUGGAUUUAAAGCUCUCUUAUAUAAUGUAGACCGAAAUGAGACUUGUGAAACCCAAGGAAUUGUGAAACCCAAAUUUGUUCAUAAUUCUUGUGCUUGCAAGACAUACAGGGUUUCUUUCUAAAUAUUUUUUUAAACGUGAUUGGAGAUCCAGAUGGUAUACGAAAUAAGGUUUUUUCCAUCCCAUUUUGUCAAAAUUUCUAAGAAAUGAAUAUGAGAUGAAUGUUUUUGUAAGCCUCUAUAUGAGAAGAUAUUUGUAACAAAAUAAUGAUUAUAUGGGUAUGAAAUAAUUACAACAAUAACGUCUUUCUUCUAUAAUCUUUAUCACGUCUUUGACAUAACAGCUCAUUAAAGUGUUUUAUCAUCAAGUUAGCAGUUGGUUCACAUCCCACGUCCAUUGUACAUUGUAUUAGAGUUAUGUUGAUCGUACUUUUGUAACUUAGUAACUUAAGUUAUUGUAAUAAAACCUUUUUUGAAAUAA